CUAGGAAGUCAUUUUCAUGUUUUUUGAUGAUAAGAAACAGCUGCAUACACUGGAUAAGUUGAGAGGAUUGUGUGACUUUUAAGGAUAAUCAUGGAGGAACCAACUACAGACAUAGAGGUGACCGUCAAAACAUUAGACUCCCAAAGCAGAACCUACACUGUUGGUGCUCAGCUGACAGUCAAAGAGUUUAAGGAGCACAUUGCCCCUUCAGUGGGAAUUCCUGUUGACAAACAGAGGCUGAUCUACCAGGGCAGAGUCUUACAGGAUGAGAGGACUCUGACAGACUACAACGUCGGUGGGAAAGUGAUACACCUCGUCGAACGUGCACCACCUCCGCCCUCCCAGCCUGGCUCAGGAUCAGGAGGACCUUCAGCAGACAGCGGGCCAUCCUCUUCCUCCCAGGGACCAUCACAAGUGCCUCCACAUGACCGCAAUGCUAACAGCUACGUAAUGCUUGGCACUUUUAACCUGCCUGUUAACAUCAUGGACCCCCAGCAGAUACAGAUGUCAGUUCAACAGAUGGUGUCGGGCAUGGGGGAGAACGCCAGGAACGCUAGAGUCACAACUAGCACUGGGAGCAAUGGGUCCGUGAACGUGCACAUCGAUAUGGACCAACCAGUGCAGAGUGAGCCAAGGCUGAGGCUGGUGCUGGCUGAAAACCUGCUGAGGGACAUCAAUGAUGUCAUCCACAGGAUGGAGGGCCGAGGGCCAGCUGAAUCUUCCUCCUCUCAAACAGAGACAACUACUGCUUCUGCUCCUCCUCCUCCCUCAUCUUCAUCCACCAGCUCCACUCCAUCUCCCUCCGCCCAGCCCAUGGAUACCUCCCCACCUCCUACAACCCCACCACCUCCACCCUCCUCUUCAGCACAAUCUGAGGGACCAACACCCCAGCCUGGACCCAAUCAUCCCAGCCCAGCUGAGUUGGCGGAGAUGUUGUCCGAGCUGCGCAGAGUGGAGGAACGACUGCAGCCCUUUAUUCAGAGAGCUCACACCAUCCUGGAGACAGCCACGACAGCAGAAUACAACAAUAACACAGAGAGAGAAGACGACCAGCGCAACCUUGUUAUGACAUGGGAAUGUCUCCGUCUUCUUGGCAACACCCUUGUGGCCCUCAGUGAUCUACGACUGAACCUAAUGAGCCCAGUGCCUCGCCACCUUCAUGUGGUCCGGCCUUUUUCCCACUAUGCCACCCCUGUGACUCUGCCUGGAGCGGUGCACCACCACAUUCCUGUGCAAAUGAACCUGGGUGCCACAGUGACAGUCGGGGCUAAUGGCGUGGAGGGACAAGCUCCGCCCACCCAGUCGGCCAACCAGGCGGAGCAGGCAGGUCAGGGACAGACCUCCCCCUCACAGACCUCCCCCUCCAAUCAGCAGGCUGGACAGGGACAGGCUGGCCCCCGGGUCAUCAGGAUCAGCCACCAGGCAGUCCCGGUGGUCAUGAUGCAGAUGAACACGGACGGUUCAGUCCCAGGAGCAAACCCUGCUGCAGCUGGACAGCAAAUACCUGGGCAACCAGGUGCUCUCCCUCAAGACUUUAUGCGGAAUCUCAUGCAACAGAUCAGCCAGUAUGCUGCUGCCGUGGCAACUAGUGCCGCUGCCGCUGGCCACCCUGUCCCACCGCAGCCUACCCCACCUGGCUACAGCUCCACUGCAAACUCCUCAACUACAACCACUGGCCCCAACACACCCACCACUACCCCUACUGCUCCCCCUCCUCCUCCCCACGCGGGCCCCCAGCCACAGGCCAGGGUUGUGUUCACCCGGCCACCCUUUGCACCCAAUAUGGCCCCUCCAGCCUUUGGCCCCCGGGGGACUACCAUUAAUGUGAGGGCCUCCAUGCCGGGCCAGCAGCCGGGACAGGCUUUUAAUCCCGCUGCUCUUAACCAGAUGAUUAGUGGACUGGUUGGACAGCUUUUACUUCCUGGACAAAUGGCUGGUCAAACGGUCACAUCCUCCUCAUCCACGUCCACCUCCUCCUCUUCCUCCUUUUCCUCCUCCUCUCAAAGCUCUUCUUCCUCUUCGUCCUCCUCCUUCUCCUUUUCCACCUCGGGUCCAACACCUCCACCCACUGCAAACUCUGCUGCUCAGCCUGAGAACACCAGUGAGCCGCAGCCCCAGGACAUGCCUCCAGACCUGGGCCAGCUCAUCGGCUCUCUCCUAGGUGUCACUGGUGGGGCUGCUGUGGGACCUGGAGGGGCCCCUUCAAUUACUGUGACCACAUCAGGGGUCCCAGCAUUCAUCCAGGGCGUGAGUGAAUUCAUGCAGGCCUCCCAGCCCAUCUUUGCUCCUCCUCCUCCUCCUCCUCCCUCUGGUACCACUCCUGCUCCUGGCUCGGGCCCAAACCCUGCUCCCAAUCCCCCAGGGGCAGCCGAAGCUCUCAACCCGGAGCUGUUCACAGGCAUUGUCCGUGGCGUCCUGAGCACCAUGAUGGGCUCUCUGGGACACGCCCAGAAUGACACGGAGAGCAUUGCACAGUUCAUGCAGAGGCUGUCCCAGGCUACCAACAUCUUCAUCAGCCCUGAGGAUCCUACAGGGUUCUUUGGAGAGCUGCUGAUGUUGGUGUGCCAGACGUUCACCAUGUCAGACCUGGUGAUGCUGCUCCACGGUCAGCACCAGCCCCUCGGCCGUAUCCAGCCUCAGCUGUCCCAGUUCUUCACCCAGAACUACCUCAACGGCAGAGAGCCUACCGAUGCAAACAUUGCUGCUGCAGCUGAGAGUCUGGUCAAUGAACUGGAGGAGUACAUCACUGAGAGCUUUAGAGAGUCUUCAGUCACAGUGUUGGAGGGCGUUGAUGUAACUCAGACCAACAUGUCCUUCUUCAGGCAGCAGCUGACACACAUCGCCACGCAUAUUCUGAGAUGCAAUGAUGAGUCCUUCGGCCCCCAACUACUGCAGAUGUGUAACCAGGCGCUGUUUGAAUGUCUCGCCCUCAACCUGCACUGCUUGGGAGGCGACCAGAUAGCUCUCACUGCAGUCAUCAACCACAGAAUACCUGCUGACUUUCCAUCUGUAUCGACCAAUCCUACGGCUGAUUUGUGGCCGCGCCAUCUUGAGCGGCUGUCAUUACUCCGGUGGAACUGCGGUGUCCACUACCACCUGCUGGCUGUGACAGCAGCAGAUAUGUUUGAAAUAAAAACAUUACAGAACCACAUAGGAACCAUAAUUGGAGGGCUAAGUCUUCAGUUAUAUUUUACAAAUUAAAUAUAUUUUACGCAUGUCUAUUUCAGAAAUACAGUAAAAACGUGAAUUCAGGUCCAGAGUUCACGUUAGACUCUCAUAGCUGACCGACCUCCAUAAUUCCACUCAUAUACAACUAACAGACAUAACCAGCAAUAAUAGACACAAACACUGUAAUCCAGUAUCAUGUCAAGACAAGAGCCACAUAUUUCUAUAUAAAACCCAACCUGAGUCCAAAACAGUAAAAACCGAACCGAAUCUUAAUCCGAGCUAUCUAUCCUAUCAUUACAGCCUGUCUUUUAACACAGAUUACACAUGACUGGAACUUGAAAAUGACUGAGAAAAGUCAUUAUUUCAUUUAUUUAGCUUGUUAGCCACCAUUAGCAGCUUACAACAGCCAAAUAUCCUCCGCAGAAAACAACAAAUUGCUGUACCAAACCGCUAACCAGCAAAACUCUGCAUUUUAAAUGAACUUUGUUGCUUACCUAAUUGACAAUAUUGGUCCUCAAAAGCUGAUGAAUUCAGCUGCAACCGCUGUCAACUUACAACUUUAAUAUCCAGCUGUCCUUGUUCUUGGAAUAGUUGAAGAAAAAACUUUCCCUGUUGAUAGUUUAGCACUGUCCUCUUCUUGUAUCCUUGACUGAUUCAAAAUCCUCCCAUACUGCCACUUAUCCUGCAUAGCGUUUUGUCCGUCAACUCCCUACUAGUUUGUGUUGAUCUCAUGAGUAUUUAAUUAGCCACGUGCAGCUUAUGUAUAUCAAUAGACCUGAGCACUGAGCAGAAAGGAGUACGCUCUCACACAAAGUAUAGUUCAUAGAAAAAUUACUUCUAGUUUAUAUUAGAACUAUUCAACCAAUAACUAAUGCUUUUUUAGGAAAUACAAUAUGAAAUAUGUAAUUAUUUGCCAUUUAUUCAGCAAUUGGCAUAUUUUCCAGCUGGAGGUAUUGGCAAUCAUAUCUUCAUCUGCUUGGCCUUACAUGUCAUCAUGUCUGAAAAAACAAUGUCGGCUAACAUAAACCCAGUGCCUGUUUAAAAAAAAAAAAAAAAAAAAAAGGCUGUUUAAUGACAUUUUAUUCAAAUUAGUUAGUAUUAUAAAAUAAAACUGUAUGUAAAUAUGUUUACAUAAAAUGCAUAGUAAAAUACAUAGUAUUUUUACUUGGUCAUUACGUACAUAUCUUAAGUUUGUGACGAUUUUUAAAUCAGCUGUGAAAUCCAUAUGUUGUGUACCGUGUCCUCUAACAUGUUGAGUAAAAUAAAGUUAAAUUGAAGUCAUGGCAAAAGAAGAAACAUUCACUUUCAUUACAAUGCAUGGCUUAACUGGCGAGAGUCCACCACAGUAAUGGCAGCUAGUCAAUUUCCACUUCUUCUCAGGAUUUGUCUAUAAGUUCUUCUUCGUGUACCCCGGUUCAUACACAUAUCCUUUCGUAUCCACAGUAAAUGGCACAUCAUCAUCACUCGAGUUGAAAUCGAGUU